AUGGCUUCAACGCAGUCUACAUCCGAUUCGGCGACUCUCGAUGAAACCCCACUCUUUUCGGAUCCAGAGCGAUCUCGUCGUGUUGGGGUGUUCGGACGUCGAAUUCAUGGUUGGUCCUGGCAAUCGUUUCCUAUAGGCAUGGGAACUAGUGCCGUAUACCUAGUUUUUUCCGGAAUCAAGGACCGUCCCAUAGCCCUACAUCGCAUUGAAGUCGGAUUCUUCUUCAUGAAUAUGGCAUUGUUCAUUUUGAAUACGCUCACAUUGAUCCUUCAAGCAAUUCUUUAUCCUAAGAGGGCUUGGCGUUCAUUCACAGACCCAGUCGCCAGUAUUUUCGUUCCCUUGAUUGUACUGUCCUUCGCGACGAUUGUCAUUGGUACCGUCAAUUAUGCAGUGCCAUUGGGUCAUGUCAGCUUAAACUUCACAUACGCAUUGUUUUGGCUUUAUGUCGCAUUUUCCCUUAUAACAUCCUUUGUAAUGCUGAUGAUAUGGUUCAACCAUUCUCAUGAACUUACGGCGUUCACUCCGGGAUAUGCAUUUCUGAUAUUUCCUCUCAUGCUAACAGGCGUAGUCGCUGCCUCAGUACUUACCGUUCUGGAUCUUGAUGACCGCAGAUGUCUCGGCGUCCUUCUUACUGGCUACUUUUUUCAAGGCCUUGGCUUUUUCAUGACCUUCUUUUAUAUCUGCAUUUACAUCAUUCGACUCAUAAUGACUGGCUUUCUCGAAGGACACCAAGCAAAUUCUGCCUUCAUUGUUUGUGGCCCACCUGGGUUUACCGCUCUGGCUUUAAUCAAUCUUGGAAAAGAAGCACAGUUUUUAUUACCGCACAAUAACUUGGUUUCUUCCGGCGCUGGAGACAUUUGGUAUGCAUCCAGCGUACUUUGCAGCGUCUUAUUAUUCGGACUUGCUGUGUUUUUCUUCAUAUUUGGUGCCCUUCCGUACGGCUUUAAGGUAUAUAAACGCCUUGGCCUUAAAGACAUCCUGAGCUGUUGGGCCGUCACUUUCCCGAACGUCGGUUGGAUUGCCACACUGCGCUUAUUGGGAGAUAUCUUCGAUAUCGCUGGCUUUCACACUCUGCACAAAGUACUAGCCAUUGCGCUGCUAGCCGUGUGGACGCUUCUGUUCAUCCUGACCAUCACUGCUUUCGUGACAGGCCGGAUUUUUAUAUCUACAGAACAAGAUGUCAUGAAAGACAAACAACGCUUGAGGCGACGAUCGCGAAGUGAAACCUCAGCGAGAUUAAAUAGUCAGGAAAAACCUAAUAACAGUGCAGUAUGA